AAGAGCCAAAGCCUUUUCUCAAAAUUUGCAAAUUAGAUAAACAAGCUUGUAACUCUUCGAUCAAUGGCGUCCCUCAGCACUCAGAGAGCCUCUUCAUCUUCUUCUUCAACACCUCGAUGGAGAUACGAUAUUUUUCUCAGUUUCUACGGCAAAGACACCCGCAAGAAUUUUACAGAUCAUCUACAUGCUGCUUUAAUACAGAAAAGCAUUCUCGUGUUUAGAGACGAUGAAAAACUCGAGAAAGGGAAAUAUAUUUCUGAUGAGCUCUUAAAAGCAAUUCAAGAAUCCAUGUACGCGAUCGCCGUCAUCUCUAAAAAUUACGCUUUCUCUAAAUGGUGCCUCAUUGAACUUGCCCAGAUGGUCGAAUACAUGAGAGAUACGGGGCUCACAGUUUUGCCCAUUUUCUACCAUGUGGAUCCUUCCCACGUAGGAAAACAGACGGGGAGUUUUGCAGAAGCUUUUGCUAGCCAUGAAAAAGAUUCCAAAGUUGACUUUGAGAUGAUGCAAAAGUGGGAAGCUGCUUUGAGAAUCGUGGGUAAAAUUUCUGGAUGGCAUGUACUACCUGACACGCACGAAUCAAUAGUUGUCGAAGAAAUUUGUGAAAGGAUACUUAGUGGAUUGAGGGGUAACUUGUCAAAUGUUUUCAAGGAUUUUGUUGGGAUAGAAUCCCGUGUCGAGGAAAUGAGGACCUUACUUAGAAGAGAAUUGGAUGAUGUUCGAUUUUUAGGGAUUUGUGGGAUGGGUGGAAUUGGCAAGACAACUCUGUCAGAAGUCAUUUAUGAUACAUUUUCUCAUCAAUUUGAAGCUAGUUGUUUUAUAACUGAUAUUAGUACUCGUGAUCUAGUUUGUCUUAAAAGAGAACUUAUUGUUGAGAUCCUCGCGGAAAGGGACGUAAAUACAUGGAAUGACCAUAGGUUAAGAAGAGUGAUAGAGACUAGACUAUGUACUAAAAAGGUUUUUAUUGUUCUUGACAAUGUGGAUGGAGAAGAACAACUAGAAGCAUUAGCAGGGAGCCAUAAAUGGUUUGGCAAAGGGAGUAGAAUCAUUAUAACAAGCAGAGAUCGUCAUUUGCUGAAUAGAUAUGUGGAUGAUACCUAUGAGGUUAAGGUGCUGAAUGAUGCUGUAGCUUUACGGCUCUUUAGUUGGAAAGCCUUCAAGAAACCCCAUCCUGAAGAAAAUUAUGUGCAAUUGUCUAAGGAGGUUGUGAGUUACGCUAAAGGCCUUCCUUUAGCUCUUAAAGUUUUUGGUUUCUUUUUAUAUGGUAAAAGAAUGGAUGCAUGGAUAAGUGCCAGGAAACUACUAAACAAAAAUCCAAACACAGAAAUUUUGGAUAAACUUAAAAUAAGUUUUGAUGGAUUGGACGAUUUGCAGCAAAAGUUGUUUUUAGAUAUUGCAUGUUUCUUCAAUGGAGCAAAUAUAAAUAACAUCACACACAAACUAGAAAGUUUUGGUUACUAUCCGAACAUCAAUAUCGAAGUUCUUGCGGACAAAUCUCUUCUAAGCAUCUCAUGGGGAAGAUUAUGGGUGCAUGAUUUGUUACGAAAAAUGGGUCAGAAAAUAGUUGAUGAUGAGUCUGAGGAGCCUGGCGGACGCAGUAGAUUGUGGCAUAAUAAGGAUGUCAUUUGCGUAUUGAAAAAUUAUACUGGAACUGAUGCGGUUAAAGGCAUCGUCCUAAAAUUACCUUUACGGAAACAGGAACAGCUAAAUGUUGAAGCCUUCUCAAAGAUGAAAAAAUUGAAAAUGCUUCAGAUUAGCUAUACAGGUUAUUCACACGACACUGAUUUGGAAUGGCAAGGAGAUCCCUCGAAUUUCAUGCUAAGCAAUGAGUUAUGCGUUAUGGAAUGGUGGUGUUAUCAGUUACAAUCAUUGCCGGCCAGUUUCCAAUCAGACAAUCUUGUUGAGCUCAUUAUGCCUCACAGCUGCAUCAAACAACUGUGGGAUGGAAGGAAGAGUUUUGACAAAUUGACACACAUUAACCUGAGUGGAUGUGAAAACUUGAUCGAGACACCAGACUUGAGGGGAAUCCCAAAUCUUGAGCAACUAGAGCUUGAACAUUGUAUAAGUUUGUCUAAGGUCCACCCAUCCAUUGGAUUUCUAAGACGGCUUAAAUGGUUGAAUCUACGAGAUUGCAAUAGUCUUGAGAGACUUGCAGACGAGAUCAGAUCGGAAUCUCUUGAAUAUAUUAAUGUUUCUGGUUGUUCAAGACUCAACAAGUUUCCAGAUUUUGUGGGUAAUAUGACAUCUUUGUGGCAUCUUUAUUUGGAUGGGACUGCCAUAAAAGAGUUACCAUUAUCAUUUAAGAGUUUGUCGUCUCUUGUAAGUCUCAAUAUAUCCGAUUGCUCAAGACUAGAGAAAAUUCCAAAGAACCUCAUCAGUGGUAUGGAAUGUCUAAAGGACCUUUGUGCAGCUCGAAGUGGCUCAGAUCACAUUAGUCUAAGUCUUUUGAUGCCUUAUUCCUUCUCAUGUUUAAGCUCUUUAACAGAUCUAGAUCUUAGUUAUUGCAAUCUAUCAGAUGGAGCAAUUCCUAGUGAUUUUAGUUGCUUAUCUUCACUUCGUGAUUUAAAUCUGUCUGGAAACAAAUUUACCAGGGUACCAGACAGCGUGUCGCAGCUGUCCAAUCUUAUAAUGCUAGAUUUGAGUUAUUGCAACCUAUUGGAUGGAACGAUCCUUAAAGAUCUUUGUUGCUUAUCCUCACUUUUUAAUUUAAAACUAAGCGGGAACAAAUUUACGAGAAUACCAGAUAGUGUGGGUCAACUUUCUCAACUUCGGGAACUUGACUUGGAAGAUUGUAGUUGGCUUCAAGUAUUGCCGAAGCUUCCAUUGGGAUUAACAGAAUUGAGUAUAAGAAAUUGCCCAUCGCUGGAGACGUUUUAUAACCAAAUGGACAUGUGGACUUCAAAUGAAAAAUUAUCGCCCUUUGAUUGCUCUUUUGUGGUCGCUUAUAUUGAUUAUGACGACAAACCCUUCAAGAUCCUAUAUCUGCAUCCACAAAGUCCUUUAUGGACCGAGAGCAAACUUCUAUUUAUUACUACCGAUGUAGCAUGUGGCCCUGCGUUGGUGGGAUCUGGAAUCCCAGAGUGGUUCAACGAUAAAAGCACUAAUUCGUUUGGAACAAUUCGAAUGCAUACAGAUUUGGGCUCAGAUAGGUGGAAGGGGUAUGCUCUUUUUAUUGUUUAUGAAUUUCAUGAGCCUGACAGAAACAGAAGAAAACUAAAGGUCCAUGAGCAUGGGAAUUCUAAUUCAAAAAUAUUUGAUGGUGGCAAUCCUAGUUUUCCUUACUUUGUCUGUCAAUUUCAAGCCAAUGAAGUUGAUCUUGGAGAACCCUUAGUCCUUUGUGACCAUAGAAUCCCUUCUGUUGAGCCAAGUGGAUUUUGGGUGUGUAUACCAGCUAUUUGGUUCUGGAGAAGAGCGUGGAAUCGUGUGGAUGGUAGAUGGAGGAAGUUGAGAAACCUUGAGGCUUCAAUUACAACAGGUAGCCUGAAUGUAGAGGUAAAGGAGUGUGGGGCACGUGUAUUUCAUGAGCAUGAUGGUUCAGAGUUCUACCAAGUUCUCAACAACAUUUCUCCAAGUGGUUUGGAUUUAGAAAGUGGAGGGAAAUCUUUUUUAGAUUUGGUCCGUGGUGAUUAUCUCAGAGUCGAUGGCCCUAUUAGCAUAGGAUCUUUUGAAAAAAAAUCAAAGGUCUAAAACUUUCCCCAUAGGAAACAACUUCUUAACGGGCAUUCAGAGAAAGAUAAGAAAAAGUUGACGUUAUCAAAGUCCCCUUUUCCAUCCCAAAGGAUAGGGUGAAGCGAUAAUUAAAGAAAAAGAGAAGCAAAGCGGAAGAAUGGCGAGUGAGGAAGCGAUGGCAGCAAAACACACAGGCACCUCUCUCAACAACUCUACACCUUCGACACUGUAGAAGAGUUCUGGUGGUGCUCUCUCGUUGUGUAUUUGAUUUUAGGCUUAAUUUUAAUAUUCGGUGAUUUUGUUCAUGUUUUGGUGUUUAUGGUGAUAUGGGUUUGUGUUGGUAUUUUUCCUCUUUGUUGAUUCAUGUGUUUAUGUUUCGUUGCUGACAAAGUUCCGAGGAAUUUAAAGCAUUUGAAGUUUUCUUAUAUCUAAGACAAUGAUAAUAUUUUCAUUUUUCAAAGUCUUUUUUUUUUUUUUUUUUCCCUCAUAUAUAUUAUUCUCCGUUAAUUCUAGCUUUGUUUAUUUUAUUUAUUGUUGUCAAAUUUCUUGAACCAGCUCAAUAAACUUCCCUGGUUCCAUGUUAUUUAGUUUCUUCGUUUUCUUUUACAAAGAGUGAAAUUCAGCAUUAGUACUUGGUGUUUGAUAAAAUGUCUCUAUGGUGGUUUUUUGGUUUUCUUGUUGUGAAUACAGCAGAAAAUAAGUAUUUGGCGGCACUCUUUGGUGAGUCUUUAGAUGCCAUUCCUCAGUUGUUUAGGCUACUUUUGAAAGCUUGCUGCCGAAAACCCCAGGCAUGGUUCUGUAAGAUUUUUUUGUUGCAUAAUGUGGCUGGUAGUGCAUUGAAAAAAUUACUGGAGAUGUUAGAACUUUUUCAAUGCAGAUGUUAGAACUUCAAAAAAUAAAUAAUAUAAUGGAGAAAGGUCGAUUAUCUUCAAUAAAAAGAAAUCAUAGCUAAAUCACCCAAUAAGCUAGUAUGUUCAUGCCAAUGGGCGUGUAGCUCAAAUUGCAUAUUCUACCAGCUUUGUCGAAACAAUGUGGAAGGUGAGAUUGUGAGCUCAAAACUCACUUGGUGUGUGCCUGAUCCCUUACAGAUGAAAAAAGAAGCAACGUACUCUUGUCAUCAUAGCCCCUUAUGCAGUUUUUUCAUCUCUAUUAUGUAUCACUGAUGCUUUUGCUUGUGCCAUAUGCAUGAUUCACGGUUUAAGAUUGUUAAUAUAGUGAUUUAUACUGAAAGACUAUGAGCUGGUGGUAGUAGAUUUGUAAAGGUAGUUGCAGGAUGUUGGUUUUCUGUGAUAUGCCUUACUGGCCAGAUCUAGAUAAAUAUGAAUGCAUUAUUCUCUUUUUUCCACAAAGCACUUUAACUCAUUAUAAACAUGCAGAAUAUAUACAGCAACAGCUUUAACUGGCAAUGUCUUCUUCAACUACAUUAGAAUAUUUACAGAUGGCUAAGGUCUAAUGAAAUGGGGAUGAAAAUUAUGUAACCCAGCACUAAAUUGAUUGACAUUGUGUGUUGGUCUGAGCUGCUUUCAACUGCUUUUUACUUUUGACUUCAUUUUUGGACUUCAUUUUCUGAUACAUCAUUGAUGGGAAGAGGAGUUUCCAUUUGGUCCAAAGACCAUUGGCAUAGAUUUCAUUUUCUGAUACAUCAUUGAUAUAUCUCUUUGUUUCUAUAAAUCUUAAAAGUUUUUAAUUUUUUCUCUAUAUUUUUCAUUGGAAUCCAAUAUUUCCCAUAUUGGUAAAUCAUGAUGAAUACUGAAAAUAGGAUUUGUUUGGUCACCUUAAGUACUGCAAUGUUAGACGUUUUUUAUGAGUUUGUUUUUUCAUUGACAGAAAUCUUGAGCUUUUUAUGGCAUCUCAAAGGGUUUGCUUGUUAAGGUGAUCAUACAUGGAAGGGCGUCUUUAAUGUAUACACUAACAUAUGCAAAAGGGACAAAGGAUGAAAAGACCUAUCUCAAGGCAUGAGGAGCUUUGGGGUUUGAGUUUGUAAGUUAGUUGACUGUCUAAAUUUUAUUCAUCAAUAUCAGGUGAUGAGCUUCUUUCUUACUCAUUUCAUUACAAGGAAAUCAGGAAUGGAAUACUGUGAGAAUUUUGAGGGGAAUGUUAGUAUUUCCAACUUGCCUCACUUUGGAUUCUUGAAAAUGUUGAAUAUUGAGUUUCACUGCUUUGUAAUCCUAAGAAAGCUUUCUGUAUGAGCGAUGUACUUGCCUGUAGCAGUGGGUUGUCCAAGGAACUAUUGAUGUAGAUAGAUAUUGGUGCAAAUGAGUAUUACAAAGGGACUCUGUAGAACUUGAGAGUUACUAACAGUCAACAUGGAAAGGUAUAUGACUUGCAUAUUCUUAUUUAUCUGCAAACAUGUGAAGGGCUUUUGCCUGAUGCUGGUUUUAUUUUCUGGUUUUAUAUUACCUUAUUUACGAGGGGUAUUAUGUAAUCAUAGUUUGGUUUAUCCACUCAUUAACUCAUGGUUAUUUUGUCUUUCUUCUUUUCUUACGGACAAAUUCACUGGUUUGUCUUUUCCGUUUCUAGGACAUCAGAGUCUAAGGAGUCAAAGCAAGAUAACAAGGUUUGAAAGAUCGCAAUCUUGUAAUCGGAAUGACUCUAUGGAUGAGUCCCAUUAGCAGAGACAGUUUCACGCAUCCCUUUUCAUUUCUUUUCUCCUUGAUUCUGAAGAGUUGAUGGCUAUCCUUGCAAUGCUUUCAAGCCAUAUCAAGGCCAUUGCAGAAAUGGGAGAACUUGGAGCAGUUCCUUGCUUGCUUAGCAUUAUUAGAGAAAGCAUUAGUGGACGUAAUGAGGAGAAGGAUUGCAUUGCAACCCUCCAAACCAUGUCUUUUAAAGUAGCCUCUCGGGCCUUGUGUGUAGUCAUUCUCAAUUAACUUUUUGUAUAUUCUCGUUCAUGAGUUGACUUCAUAAAAUUGUCUCUUGUUUUGUU